AUGGAGUAUUCACAGGAUAUGUUGAUGCAGAGCAUGAACAUCAGUUGCCAGCGCCUCUCAUACUUUCCGAUACUUCAGUUAGUAACAGUUAUUUGCAACAAAGAUCUGUUGGAAAGACACUGGAAUGAAAUGUCCGAUAUAGUAGGCCAAGAUUUGACGCCAAAUGCUGGAAUGACUCUACUCAAAUAUGUUGAUUUUGAUCUCUUCAAUGUGAUUGAUAAACUGGAAAUAAUAAGUUCAGGAGCAUCGAAAGAGCUGCAGCUUCAGGAUCACUUGAAGAAAAUGUAUGACGAAUGGAAAGACUUGGAAUUCAGUGUCAGCAAAUUCAAAGAAACGGAUAUCAGUAUUCUGACUGGUGUUGACGAUAUCCAAGCUUUGUUGGAUGAUCAGAUCGUUAAGACAUUGGCAAUGAGAAGUUCUCCUUUCUCAAAACCGGUUGAAAAUGAUGUGAGAAAUUGGUACGACAAGCUGGUUCGAAUCAACAGAACGAUCGACGUGUGGGGCAAAGUGCAGGUUGAAUGGCUGCAUCUCUAUCCCAUAUUCACAUCUGAGGAUAUCAAGCAGCAAAUGCCCAAAGAGGCCAAGUUCUUCCAAGACGUUGAUACGCGAUUCAGAAACGCCAUAAAGUUGCUGAUGGCAGAUAGACGGGCCAUUGUGGUUGGACCAGCUGAAGGCUUGCUCGAAUCAUUAGAGGCCUGCAUACAUCUCAUGGAAGAAAUCAAUAAUGGUGUCAACUUGUAUUUGGAAAGCAAACGACUAUUUUUUCCCAGAUUUUUCUUCCUGUCGAACGACGAAAUGCUUGAGAUCCUAUCGCAGACGACCGAUCCUCUGCGGGUGCAGCCGCACCUGAAGAAGUGCUUCGAGGGCAUUGCCUGUCUGGGCUUCAACGAAGCACUGGACAUCUACUCGAUGAUGAGCUCUGAGAAAGAGGAGAUCACUUUCAUCAAAAAAGUGUCCACCAAGGAGGCCCGUGGUAGUGUGGAGAAGUGGCUGGUUCAGGUAGAGAAGCAGAUGACGCGUUCGGUGCGUCACGUGAUCUCGGCGAGCGUAGAGGCGUGCAAGCGGCACGAGCGACGCGUGUGGGUGCGUGCGUGGCCCGGUCAGGUGGUGUUGUGUGUGUCGCAGGCGUUCUGGACGGCCGAAGUGCACAGGGUGCUCCGCAAACAGACUUCCAGGGCUGUCUAUCUCUACCAUAAGAAGUUGAAUAAACAACUGUCGGAUAUAAUUCAGCUGGUGCGGGGCAAGCUGACGGCAAUGGCUCGCAUCACACUGGGUGCUCUGGUGGUACUGGACGUGCACUCCAAGGAUGUCACCUACGGUCUCUAUGUCAAGGGCGUCAUCAAUGAGAACGACUUUGAGUGGAUGGCUCAGCUGAGAUACUACUGGGCCCGCGACAUGACAGUUUCAAUUACUAACGCAACCGUGGACUAUGCUUACGAAUACCUUGGCAACACGGCACGCCUCGUGAUCACCCCGUUGACCGACCGCUGCUAUCGCACUCUGGUGGGUGCCUAUCACCUGCACCUCAACGGGGCACCCGAGGGACCUGCAGGCACCGGUAAGACGGAGACCACCAAGGACCUCGCCAAGGCGCUCGCUGUGCAGUGUAUUGUGUUCAACUGUUCUGACGGCUUGGAUUAUAUUGCUAUGGGCAAGUUCUUCAAAGGGCUGGCGUCGUGUGGCGCAUGGGCGUGCUUUGACGAGUUCAACCGUAUCGAGGUGGAAGUGCUCAGUGUGGUGGCGCAACAGAUUCUCUGCAUCAUUCAGGCCGUGCGAAAGGGUCUCAAGCAGUUUGUGUUUGAAGGCACCACGCUCACUCUCAACCCAGCCUGCUAUGUUUGUAUCACUAUGAAUCCUGGAUAUGCAGGACGCUCCGAACUGCCUGAUAAUCUCAAGGUUCUAUUCCGUACCGUUGCAAUGAUGGUCCCCGACUAUGGGUUGAUUGGAGAAAUCUCUCUCUAUUCAUACGGAUUCAUCAAUGCCAGAAAACUAUCUGAGAAAAUCGUUACAACUUAUCGUCUGUGUUCGGAACAGCUCUCCUCUCAGUCUCACUACGAUUAUGGUAUGCGAGCAGUGAAGACCGUGCUCCAGGCGGCGGGAAAUUUGAAACUGAAAUUCCCGAAACAAUCGGAAGAAGUGCUGCUGCUUAGAUCCAUCAUGGACGUGAAUCUGCCAAAAUUCUUGAACCAUGACGUGCCUCUCUUCGAAGGAAUCAUCUCGGAUUUGUUCCCGGGUGUCAAGCUUCCCACACCCAACUAUGACAGGUUUAUUGGCGCUAUCACGAAGUCUUGUGAACAGCAUAAUCUACAGCCGUCUGCACCUUUCAUAACGAAAAUUAUACAGACUUAUGAAAUGAUGGUCGUUAGGCACGGUUUCAUGCUUGUUGGUGAUCCAUUCUCUGGAAAAACUUCUACUUUGCAUGUGCUGGCAGAUGCCAUAACGUUACUGACAGGUGGAAAACGACCGGUCAAAUAUCAAACCCUGAACCCGAAAUCAGUCACCAUGGGCCAACUUUAUGGGCGAUUUGAUGACGUAUCACACGAGUGGUCUGACGGUGUACUGGCCAAUGCUUUUAGAGAAUUUGCAAUGAGCACAUCCGAUGAGCGCAAAUGGGUGAUAUUUGAUGGGCCGGUAGAUGCGGUGUGGAUUGAGAAUAUGAACACAGUGCUAGAUGACAACAAGAAGCUAUGUUUGAACUCGGGAGAGGUCAUCACAAUGACUUGGUCUAUGUCGAUGAUAUUCGAAGUCAUGGAUCUUGCUCAGGCUUCACCAGCCACAGUGUCGCGAUGCGGGAUGAUCUACAUGGAGUCGUCCACCCUAGGCUGGACGGUGCUGGUGGACUCGUGGCUCACCAGUUUGCCGGCCACCCUGGGCACACAUGCCGUCACCCUGGCACCCAUCUGUCACUGGCUCAUCCCCGCCUGCCUUGCAUUCUGUCGCCGGCACGCCACUAGUCAGAUCUCUGCAGGCGUCUCAAAUACUGUCAGGAGCUUCUGCAACUUUGUAACAGUUUUUCUGACUUCGGCGAUAAUGGAGCAUGAUGUGAACCAGUUCAAUGCAAACGCCCUAUCUUGGAUUCAGGCGGCUGUAAUUCUGUCGGCCGUCUGGGCGUUUUCUGGGGCACUUGAUACCGAUUCUAGAGCUCGUUUUGACGUCUUCUUCAAAGAUCUUGUCCAAGGUCACGACCCCGAUCACGAGCCUCCCGAAGCGAUGUCGAAACUAGUUUCGUCCGUUCCUCCUGACGGACUGUGGGAGGACAACUUCUUCAUGUUCAAGGGACGUGGCUUCUGGAGCAGCUGGGCUGAAAUGGCACACUCAGCAAAAAUCACUCCAACUGACAAUCUCGGGCAGCUGGUGGUGCCUACACUAGAAACUGUCAAAUACCAGUAUGUAAUCGAGAAGUUGGUGCACAAUUUCCUUCCGGUUUGCCUGAUGGGGCCAACCGGAACUGGCAAGAGUUUCUACAUUGAUGACUUGAUCACCACACGACUGUCGCUCCAGGAGUUCGAACCCUCCAGCAUGACUUUCACCGUCAACACUCAGCCAAAUUUGGUUCAGACUGUAGUUCUGUCGAAACUGAUCAAGAGAAAGAGGUCAGUUUUCGGACCGCCAAUUGGCAAGCAUUGUCUGGUGUUCAUUGAUGACAUGAACAUGCCUGCCAAAGAAAUCUAUGGAGCCCAGCCUCCAUUGGAACUGCUCAGAAUGUACUUUGAUCAUGGAUAUUGGUUUGACCUGAAGGACAUGAACAAGAUUUUCGUGGAGGACUUGUUCUUUGUGGCGGCCAUGGGCCCGGCGGGGGGGAGUCGCCAGGAGGUGUAUGCCAGGUUUCUGCGUCACUUCUGUCUGCUUUCCAUCAAUCUGUUCCCAGAGCCCAGCAUGACCAAGAUCUACAGCACUCUGUUGGUUGAGGCCAUGCGGAGAAAAGGUUUUGGCGUGGAUUUCCUGAGUAUGUUCAGAUCAACGGUGACUGCCACAAUCAAUGUCUACCAGAAAUCGAUUCUUAAUUUGCUGCCAACUCCGGCCAAGUCGCACUACACGUUCAAUUUGCGCGACAUAUCACGUGUCAUCAAUGGGCUCAUGAUGUUCAGCAAGGAAAGCUUUCAUGAUAAACCUGAUUUCAUCAGUUUGUGGCUGCAUGAAAUGCUGCGUGUUUUCUCUGAUCGACUCGUUGAGAGCAAUGAUAGGAAAUGGUUUUUCACUCAGCUGAAAGAAAGUGUCAAAUCAAACUUUCGCUCCACCAUGGAAGAAACGCUCAAGGAUAUGAAACACGAGGGAAGUGAGGUAACUGAAGAAGACAUGACAAAUCUGAUGUUCACAUCGAUAUUUGACCUGGAUAAUCCAGAUGACAGGCUUUAUGAACAAGUAGUUGACAUGGAGCCAUUCACAAGGAUAAUUCAAGACAACUUGGACACCUAUAAUCAUAUGCACAAGUCAAAGAUCGAUAUAGUUCUAUUCAGAUACGCGUUGGUCCAUCUGAGUAGAAUCCUGCGCCUGCUGUCAAUGCCGGGAGGAAACGGUCUGCUGGUGGGGGUAGCUGGGUCUGGCAGGCAAUCACUCACCAAGCUGGCUGCAGCUGUAUUCAGGCUAGCCGUCUUCCAGCCCGAGAUCAAGGAACUGUAUGACUUCAACGAAUGGCGUGAUGACUUGAAGCUGGUGAUGAAAGAGUGUGGAGGCCGUGGACAUCCCAUGGUAUUCCUGUUCACCGAAAACCAGAUUAAGCAUGAGUACUUUCUGCAAGAUAUUGAUGUGCUGCUCAACACUGGUGAAGUCCCUAGCAUAUUCUCUUUGGAAGAGACUCAAGAAGUUCUAGAGAUGGCAAGACUUGGUGCCCAAGGUGGAAACCGGAACUUGGACGUACAUCCGCUGAGCGUGCUCUCCUACUUCCGGUCUCAGUGCAAGCGCAACAUCCACCUGAUGGUCUGCUUCAGUCCGAUUGGCAACACUUUCCGCAACCGCAUCAGACUUUAUCCGGCCUUUGUCAACUGUUGCACUAUUGACUGGUUCGAGGAUUGGCCUGAAGAUGCUCUUGAGAAGGUGGCUGAAAGAUGUUUUCAUAAUGAUAAAUUCGAUGAGAAUAUGAGAUCUUCAUUGGUCAAUGCUUGCAAGUUCUUCCAUGUCACUACCAGACAUCAAGCAGAGGAAUUCUUCUUGAAUACUGGAAGAAAAACGUAUAUAACUUCAGGCUCUUACUUGAACCUCAUUCGGCUGUACACGAAUUUGUUCGAAGUGAAACAGAAGGAAGUGAUGGAAGCCAAAAUGAGAUACGUCACUGGAUUGGAUAGCUUGCAGUUUGCUGCUGAUCAGAUAGCAGUGAUGAAGAGCGAACUGGAGGCGUUGCAGCCGCAGCUGCGGGGGGCGGCAGCGGCUGCGGCGGCGAUGGCGGCCGAGAUUGGGGCGGAGCGGGUGCAGGUGGAGGCGGCACGCCAGCUGGUGGCGGCAGACGAGGUGCGGGCGGAGGCGGACGCCGGGCGAGCCAAUCUGCUCAAACAGGAGUGCCAGGUUGAGUUGGCUGCCACCAUUCCUAUACUCAAUGAGGCUGUGGCUGCACUGAAUACACUGAAGCCGAACGACAUAACAGUGGUAAAAGCGAUGAAAAAUCCACCGAAAGCUGUGAAACUUGUGAUGGCAGCUGUAUGUAUUAUGAUGGGAAUUAAGGCUGCCAAAGUUCCUGAUCCUAGCAAUCCUGGUCGUUUUAAAAUGGACUUCUGGAUACCAAGUGUUCGGUUGCUGGGUAAUAUCAAUUUCUUGAAAAAUUUGAAAGAGUAUGACAAAGAUAACAUUUCGCCAGCUAUCAUAGCUCUCAUAAGAAAGGAUUACAUCCCCAACAAGGAAUUCAAUCCAGCAGUUGUGAAGAAAGCCAGUAAAGCAGCUGAGGGGCUCUGCAAGUGGGUGAUAGCAAUGGAGCAGUAUGAUGAAGUUAUCAAGAUCGUGGCACCGAAGAAGGAAAGAAUGGAAAAGGCUGAGGAGGAGUAUGAACGCACGAUGCAGGAGUUGAACGACAAGAAAGCGCUGCUGAGUGGAUUCGAGGAGAAGCUGUCUCUGCUGGAGGAGCGACUGAAGCAGACUGUGGCGUUGAAGGCUCAGCUCACCGAGGAGGCCAACAUGUGCUGGGAGAAGUUGCAGCGUGCUCAGCAACUUAUCGGUGGUCUUGGAGGUGAGAAGGAAAGAUGGACCCAAGCCGCGAAUUCGUUGCAACGCUCCUAUGACAAUCUCGCUGGCGAUGUACUGCUUAGCAGUGCUUUCAUUGCCUAUUUGGGGCCUUUCACAUCUGCAUACAGACACCCACUGAUAAAUAAUUGGAAACACGAGACUGGCAAGCUUUUCAUACCCUGUUCGUCAGACUUUGACUUUAUUCGUUUGGUGGGCAAAGACUAUGUGAUUCAACAAUGGCACUUGGAUGGAUUGCCCAAGGACAAAUUUUCUGUUGAGAACGGGGUUAUGAUGGCCAGCACUAACAGACAUCCACUGAUAAACAAUUGGAAACACGAGACUGGCAAGCUUUUCAUACCCUGUUCGUCAGACUUUGACUUUAUUCGUUUGGUGGGCAAAGACUAUGUGGUUCAACAAUGGCACUUGGAUGGAUUGCCCAAGGACAAAUUCUCUGUUGAAAACGGGGUUAUGAUGGCCAGCACUAACAGGUACACAUUCCUGAUAGACCCGGAAGGCCAGGCGAACCGUUGGCUGAAGACGAUGUACAUGGACGCCAACAUGGAGGUGCUGAAGAUCAGCGACAAACAGCUGAUGAAGAAGGUGGAGACUGGCAUUCUGUACGGGCAGCCUGUGCUGCUCGAGGAUGUCGGCGAGGAGUUGGACGCUUGCCUGGACCCUAUACUGCUGCGCACCACUUUCAGACAAGGUGGCAGAGAUUACAUCACAAUCGGCACCAAAGUUAUAGAACUUCACAAGGACUUCAACCUGUUCAUAACCACUCGACUGAGGUGUCCGCACUUUCUGCCCGAAGUGCUCAACAAAGUCACUGUCAUCAACUUUGCCCUUACCAAGGAAGCCCUCGAUGAUCAGUUAUUGGCCAUCGCCAUUACAAUUUUGAGUCCAGAACUGGAAGCAAGACGAGCUAGUAUGAUAGUGCAGAGUGCAUUGAACGCAACGGCACUGCGUAAUGCUGAAGAGGAUAUCCUCAAAGCGUUGUCAGCUCCUGAUAAGAAUGUUCUCGAAGAUGAAAACACUGUCAUUAUUCUCAAUGAGUCUCAGAAAAUAGCGGCCGAUAUAAAGGAAAGAGAGAAGGGCACGAUCGAGACCAGCGAUCGUAUCUCAGAGUUCAACAAGUCGUUCGCUCAGCCUGUGAUCUACGCCAGGUCCCUCUACUACUGCCUCACCGAUCUUCCCAACAUAGACCCCAUGUACCAUUUCUCACUGCCCUGGUUCCUCAGGAUAUACUCGGGAUCGCUGAAAGCUGAUUAUGAUCAUUUUGUGGAAAUUUCAAACCAGUCCGAAUCAGUGAGGAAAAAUGCCCGAUUUAUGCCAAACAUGACAUUCAGCCUCUAUUCGAACGUUUGUCGAUCUCUGUUUGAAAAAGACAAACUUCUGUUCUCAUUUAUUCUGUGUACCAAUCUUAUGUUGACGGAAUCGAAGAUAAGGAUGGAAGAUUUGUCGUUCCUUUUGACUGGAGGAGUGGUUCUGGUCAAUUUGAUUCCGAAUCCGGCUCCAGAUUGGAUAACGGUCAGGUCUUGGGACGAGCUGUGUCGACUCAGUCUACUCGAUGGAUUCCAAGGUCUAAAGGAGCAUGUCGAGAAUAACCUUGCAGAAUGGAGAUUGUACUAUGACAAGGCUGAGCCGCACAAUGAAGCUCUACCUGAGCCAUGGGAUUCAAACCUCACAGCCUUUCAGAAACUGCUGGUUUUGCGGAUUUUCCAUUUGGAUAAGAUGGUACCAGCAAUCAGGAACUUCGUGGAACACGAAAUGGAUGAAUCGUUCGUGACUCCACCACUGUUCGACAUCGCAGAGUCCUACAAGGACUCCAACAAAGUGACUCCGAUGAUAUUCAUUCUGUCUCCAGGCGUAGACCCCAUGGCAGCGCUGCAGCAGUUCGCCGAAAAGAUGGGCUAUAAAGAGCACGAAUUCGAGUCGGUGUCACUGGGUCAAGGUCAGGGUCCCAUAGCCGAGAACCUCAUAAAGAAAGCACGAUUGGGAGGCACCUGGGUUUGUUUACAAAAUUGUCAUCUGGCCACUUCUUGGAUGCCAACACUUGAAGCAAUCUGUGAUGAUUUGGUAUUUUCUACAAAAGAUGGAUUCCGGUUGUGGUUGACUAGUUACCCAUCCGACAAAUUCCCGGUCCCGAUUUUGCAAAAUGGCGUCAAAAUGACUAACGAACCACCAACCGGUUUGAAACAGAACAUGUUGCGAACGUUCAUGAGUGAACCAAUCACCGAUCAGGAUUUCUAUGGCUCGUGUAGUGCUGACAGUGCAAAACAGUUUGUGUUUGCGCGAUUGUUGUUCGGACUGACGUUCUUCCAUGCGGUGGUUUUGGAAAGGAAGAAGUACGGACCCAUCGGCUGGAAUAUACCCUACGGGUUCAACGAGUCCGAUUACAAUAUAUCUGUGCUCCAGCUGCAGCAAUACAUGUUGGAGUCGGAAGAGGUGCCAUUCGAGGCGGUCACAUACCUGACAGGCGAGUGUAACUACGGCGGUCGUGUGACUGACAACUGGGAUCGGCGCACUCUCAACACAAUGCUGGCCAGCUUUGUGAAUGCACACAUUGCUGCCAACCAAGACUACUGCAUGCUCGACAAUUUCAGCGAGUUGACUGUCAAUGCCAAUCGGCAUGAGUUCGACUAUUAUAUUGGUAUCAUCGAGAACAUAAGCGACGUGCAGCCAGCUGAAGUGGUGGGUCUGCACUCGAACGCUAGCAUCAGCCGCGACCUGCACUGCAGCCGAGAGCUGCUCGAAGCCAUGCAGCUGGUGCAGCCCAAGGUCAGGGGCGGAGAGGGGGGCAAGCGCGAUGACCACAUGGUUGAAGCUAUCACCACCGACAUUCUACAGAAGUUACCUCGCGCUUUCGAUCUGGACCUAGCCCUUGAGCGCUACCCAGUGACCUAUUCGGAAUCGAUGAACACAGUGUUGGUGCAAGAGAUGGAGAGAUUCAACCGGUUGACGCGCGUCAUGAGGACGUCAAUCGUGAUGCUGCAGCGCGCCAUCCUUGGCGAGGCUGUCAUGACGCCCGACCUUGAGACGACCUUCGCGGCGGUGCUGGCCAAUAGGCUGCCUAGUGCCUGGGCCAGGGUGUCCUAUCCCAGUCUCAAACCACUCGCCGAGUAUGUCGCUGAUUUGAUCGCUCGGUUGAGGUUUUUGCAGGAUUGGUACGAUAAGGGCAUCCCAUCCUGCUUCUGGAUCUCGGGCUUCUUCUUCACUCAGGCAUUCCUGACGGCGGCGAUGCAGAACUAUGCGCGCGCACAUGUCAUCCCCAUCGACCUGCUCACGUUCGACUUUGUGGUGACGUCACAUGCUGCUAACAGUGACGUCACCAGUCCACCAAAAGAUGGAGUGUAUGUGCACGGUCUGUUCUUGGAGGGAGCACGUUGGGAUCGCCAGCUGGGCCAACUAGAAGAACAACUGCCGAAAAUGCUGUUUGACAUGAUGCCUGUGAUCCACUUUGUGCCGAAACUGAAGAAAGAUGCCCGGGAGGAUGGACGCUAUGCGUGUCCUCUCUACAAGACGUCGGAGCGCCGGGGCAUCCUGUCCACAACGGGCCAUUCCACCAAUUACGUGCUGCCUUUGCUGUUGGCCUGCAGUCGAAGCCCCGCCCACUGGGUCAAGAGAGGUACGGCGCUCCUGUGUCAGCUUGAUAAUUGAA